UUAUAUAUGCUCUUUGUUUACCGACUACAAUUGUAAACAAUCGUGCUAGAAUUUUGUUUUUCGAUUAUAAUUUUGUUAAUUCUGAUGAUAAACAAGUCAAUUUAACUCUAAUCUGAACAAUAACAUACAAAUUAAAAAAAGUCAUGGACGUCGUCGAAUUACUUUCUUUUAAGCCAACUCCAACUCCAAAACGACCAAAUGAGGAAGAUAGUGAUGGUUCCGAAGAUGAAACAUCCAAACCAUCAAAAGCGCGACGUAUGGCUUUAAAAAAUGAAAGAAUAUCUCAACUUAAGGGCCAAACAUUGCCCAAAGAGCCAAUGAUUACAGAUAAAGAAAGGGAAGAUAUCCUUAGAUUUGUGGAAACUGAGACAACUGAGGGUGAAGUGCUUGAUGAUACCGCUGUAAAAAAAUUAGUUUUAAAUUUCGAAAAGAAAGCUCUUAAAAACAGAGAAAUGAGAAUCAAGUUUCCCGAUCAACCUGAAAAGUUCAUGGAGAGUGAAAUUGAUUUACAUGAAGCUUUGCAAGACCUGAGUGCUGUUGCUACAGUCCCUGAUGAAUAUCCUCUAUUGGUAGAAUUAAAAUGCAUUAAUUCCCUUUUGGAAUUGCUGUCACAUGACAACACUGAUAUCUCAACCAAAGUUGUAAACCUACUACAGGAAUUGACUGAUGUAGACAUUCUGCAUGAAAGUGAAGAGGGUGCUGAAGAGUUGAUCAAAGCCUUAGCUGAAGCAGAUGCUCCUGCUUUGUUGCUGCACAACCUCGCACGGCUUGAUGAACAGGUGCCAGACGAACGGGAUGCUGUACACAACACAUUGGGUAUAAUUGAAAACAUUACUGAAUUUCGUCCAGAAUUGUGUCAUGAAGUUGCUAAACAAGGAUUUAUACAGUGGAUACUUAAAAGACUAAAAUUAAAAGUACCAUUUGAUGGAAACAAAUUAUAUGCCACAGAAAUUUUAUCAAUACUGCUCCAAAAUACUCCAGAAAAUAGGAAAUUGUUGGGAGAAUUAGAUGGAAUUGAUGUACUGUUGCAGCAGUUGGCGUUUUAUAAAAGACAUGAUCCAAGUGGUGCGGAAGAACAAGAAGCAAUGGAGAACAUGUUUGAUGCACUAUGCUGUGCUCUGAUGGAAUCUUCUAAUAGAGAUCGUUUCCUACGCGGCGAGGGAUUGCAACUUAUGAAUCUUAUGUUAAGAGAAAAGAAAAUGUCUCGGAAUGGUUCAUUAAAAGUGUUAGACCAUGCACUGGCCGGACCGGAUGGGAAGGACAACUGCAAUAAGUUUGUAGAUAUUUUAGGUCUUAGGACUGUAUUCCCAUUGUUUAUGAAAACUCCGAAAAGAAAAAGAUUGCUAACUGUUGAUCAACAUGAAGAACAUGUAGUUUCUAUAAUAGCUUCGAUGUUACGCAACUGUCAAGGCAGCCAAAGACAACGGCUUUUGGCAAAGUUCACUGAAAACGAUUUGGAAAAAGUUGACAGACUACUUGAAUUACACUUUAAGUAUAUGGACAAGGUGGACAGGACGGAAAAAGAAAUGGAGCUAAACAAUGACGACAGUGACGAUGACGCGCAGUAUUUGAAGAGAUUGUCCGGCGGCCUCUUUACUUUACAACUCAUUGAUAGAAUUAUUUUAGAAGUGUGCACCGCGGGACCAUCCACAAUAAAGCAGCGCGUGCAACACGUGCUCUCGUUACGCGGCGGAUCUCUGAAGAUUAUACGACACGUCAUGAGAGAAUAUGCGGGCAAUCUUGGUGACGCCGGUAGUGAAGAAUGGCGUCAGCAAGAACAACAGCAUAUAUUGCAAUUAGUCGACAAAUUCUAAAGUUGUAACAUACCUGUAAGGAAAUUGACAAAAAAUA